CUCGCAUAUGAAGAAGGAAAUCCUAUCCAUUCUGCGUGAUAUUUGAUAGGAUACCUCGAUUUUUUUGCUUAAAGAAGACUUAUACGAGGAAAAUCCUGUCAGUGGAGGAAUAGCACAGUUAAAUAAGUAAUCAGAACAGCUCUUGGACCAACUGUCUUGUAAUAUGGCCCUGCCUCUAGCAGAUAAAAGUUUGUACCCAAGCUUGGACAAGUUGGGAAUCAGAGGUAUGAGAGUGGACACUGAUUCACAUAGACAAGCCCUCAGUACCAAGGGACUGAAAAAUGAAUGCAAAAUACCACCAGAUGUGGUAGACUCCAUUGAUUGGAAUAAACUGAAGAUACUAAAGGUCUUUAAUGCAGAUGUUACAAACAUUGAACAGGAAAGAGGUGUUUUUUCAGAGACCAUAUUAGGAAAUACUAAGACAGCAUCAGAAAUAAGGCAUAAACAAGCUAGCAUCAGAGAGAAUGGGAAAAAGAAUUUUCCAAAGGAAUGUAUAGCUACUAAUCAGGUCUGUGGGAUUUAUCAGACACCAGAAGGCCUAAAGAUCUACAUCUGUGUGGGUGACACUCUCCAUCUGGAGUCUGAUGUAGUUGUAAAGCCAAGCAGCAGGAAGACAAAACUGGGAACCUUUGAGCAAGUGGUGGAUGAAGAGCAAGCAGUCACACUAACUGUUCACAGACGGUUGACCACCAAAGGGAGACUACAGAGGGUCAUCACAUUUCACUGGAAUGUUGUGGAGUGCAGCAGUUGUGUGUCCCUGAUUCAAAGUGCAAUCAGUCUUGUACUAAAAUAUGUGAAGCACCAUGGCCUGGCAUCUCUGGCUAUUUGCCUUCCAUUAACAAAUGCACAGUGCUUUCAGUCUGAAGCUGAAAUUCUGGUAUCAGAAUUAGAGGUUUUCAGCAGGGCAACACUCUCCAUUUUACCUGCACCUGUGUCUGUGCACCUGGUUUUUCCUGAUGAAAAUGAAGGGGUCAUACAGCUACAGAGAAGCCUGGGGGCAAGCUGGCACCCUUUCUCUGAAAUACAAAAGGAGACGGCUGAUCGUCUCCCCAAUGAAGGCUUUCCCUUCCCAGAAGGAGACAUCUUGGCUCAAGUGGUGUGUGGAACUUCGGAAGAAACUACGGUGUUGAAAGGCAUUGAAAAGCCUUCAGAAAUAAUUGGAACCUGCUUUAUGGACGAUUCCUAUUUUAUACAGUACAUUCAGGACCAUGCGGAGGCUUUCAAAGAUAUUUCCAGACACCUCUUUGCCAAGAGUUUAAAGUUUAGCAUUUUCCAUGGGUCACAACUACCUAGCCUCCUAGUGGAACCAGAUAGCUCUGGGAGGAGCAGUUUGUCUCUCAUGGAUAUCUACUGGCAAGCCAGAAAACUGUAUGGUGUGAGAACUGUAGAACUCACAUCCUGGAUAAAUCGGAAAGUAUAUGCCCCUGCUCUUAGUGCAUUGCCCUCUGUUAGGUUUUAUAAAGAACUGCAAGUAUUGGUAGGGAGGGUUAAAGAAUUGGAGGAGUUUCUGAACUGGAAUGUAGCCGUUGAGAUAAAUUCUGAAAAUUGGAAACCUUCUUCGGAUGAAACAGUUUUUGGAGUCAUCCGCAGGUUCAUGCAGAUGCUGUCAGAUCAAUUCCCGUAUGUUUCAAUUUUAAGCUUUAGGGAUAUACCAAGGUUAGUGUUCAAGGGACCAUUGAAGGACAUUAACAUGGCUAUGAGUUUGCUUAAGGGGCAAAUCUCUGAACAGAAAUUACAAGUUGCAUGUGAAAACCAACUUUCAAAGUACCAGUGUGCUUUCCUAAAAGGACUGGACCUGGAAGCUUUCUCUGCUGAAGUCUUUGACCCCAGAGGGAUGCUGGCUACUUUGAAAUGUCAAGAUGGCUCCCUAGUGGUGACAGGGAUUCAUGAGGAUGAAUCCGAGAGAGUGGUGAAAAUCCUGAAGGAUGUUGUUAAGGAGAAAGCCAUCCGAAUCAGUAGUGCUAACCAAGCAGCUACUAAAAAGAGGGUCUGGCAAGAACUAAUGGACAGUAUCUUUCAAGGGUUGAAUGUGAAUGGAAAGAAGGUGGAAGCCCACACGAUGAGAGAUAAGAAUGACACCAACUACUUGGUGGUGCUAGUGGGAUUUACAGCAGAGUUGCAAGCUGCAUGUUGUUGCAUCCAAAACUAUUUACGCCACAAUACUCUUGCUAGGAGAGUCCUGCAAUUCCGGCAGCCACAUUUAAUGGAAGCAGGAAUUCAACUUCAGAAAAUCAUGGACUGGGAAAGCUCGAUACAAACUAAGGUGAAGAUGAAGACUGGGUCACAAUCCCAGCUGGAAGUGAUACUGUCUGGUCCACGAGAUGAAGUACAGAGAGCCCAGGAGACUGUGACAAAGGAUCUGGAGUCCCUUGUGAGGAAAUCCUUGACUCUGGUUGAGCCUUGGACCAAGGAUUACUUUGAGGAUCAGGAAAGAAGAGCUACCUUGGAGGAGUACUGUGAAGCCCUUAGAUGCCUUGUCAUCAUGGAAGUCAGGAAUGGUCCUGGAGAAGCACACAAGAUCCAUGUGACUGGGAGGAUGCCAGAUGUGGAGAAAGCUCGAGCAGCCAUUGAAACAGACUUCCAGGGUGCCAAACAACAACAAUGUCUAAAAGACCCCCAGAUUGCUCAGCUGAGACCAGAGCAACUCGCCUCCAUCCAGAAAGAGCUGAGAGUCAGGCUCCAUUGCAGAAAUAGUUCUAUCACAAUAGAGGGACUAUCUGAACAAGUCCUGGAGGCACAAAAACGCAUUACAGAGCUUCUGAAAUGUAUUUCAGAGAAGGCUGCUGUUGAUCAUCAGGCAGUAUCUACAGACAUUCCAAUAAGGGAAAGAUAUCUGGCUGAGCCUACAAGAUCAAAUCAAAUACCCUUACAGUUAAUAGCCAGGAACCAGAUUCACCAGCAGCCAGAAACUGGAGUUCGUAUGGCAGAAGAUCUCUUCUUUGGUGAGACGAGAGUUGAUUUCCGAUCCCUUCAAUUUGCUGGCCCAAGCAGGUUUACGUGCAGUGAGCCAGGCUGCGGUUGCUCUUUCGACUCCCAGAAAGGGCUGCAGCUCCAUCACACCCAGAUGCACACAGAAGAAGGGAGAGACACCUGUCCUAAGUGUGGCAAAGAGAGCACUAGAAGUGGGAUAACCCGACACCUCCCAUACUGCCAAGGACAUCUGGGGUUGUAUCAGAGCAGAAAUCCUUCGUUAACCCAGUUUACAUCAACUUUAUUCAACAGGAUCCAGACUUCUCAGCCUCCAAGUAUAGUCUCUAAAGCACAAGAUGAGAAAAUAUUCAGUUUCCAGUCCCUUCAAUUUGCUGGCCCAAGCAGGUUUACGUGCAGUGAGCCAGGCUGCAGUUGCUCUUUCGACACCCAGAAAGGGCUGCAACUCCAUCACACCCAGAUACAUACAGAAGAAGGGAGAGACACCUGUCCUAAGUGUGGCAAAGAGAGCACUAAAAGUGGGAUAACCCGACACCUACCAUACUGCCAAGGACAUCUGGGGUUGUAUCAGAGCAGAAAUCCAUGGUUAAUAACUAGAGUUGAUGCUGAUUCUCAAACAAGUUCCCAACUCACAUCCACCUUAUAUGACUGGACACAGAACUACCAGACCAGUGAAAGAUUAACUCUACCACAAGCUUGGAAGUCUGAAGGCGUCCAGCCCUACAGGCCGCCUAUACCCACCUCCUCAUUCACCUGCAGCUGUGGUCGUUCCUUCGACACCCAGAGAGGACUAAGUCUGCAUCACACCCUGAUGCACACGGCGGCAGGCCGGGCCACCUGCCCUUCCUGUGGCAAAGAGAGCACCAAGAGUGGGAUCACCAGACACAAGUGCAAGGGAAGAUAAGCACCUCAUUGGUAAAGUCAGUUAGUCAGUUAAGUGAUAUCCAGGUAUCUUUGUGUGGUGUCUCAUCAGGUGAGAAAAACCUGUCUAUGUUGAAUUGUGUAUUUGGUAUAAGGAAAAAAGUUCCAUCUGGUCUAGCAUCGGUUUAGAGAGGAGGUUUGUGCCUCUUAGUUGAUAAGUGACUUUACUAGUCUCCUUCUGAAUUUCUGUCUCAUUAGGAUGACACUGGGACAGUCUGUCUACGUUUUGGUUGUGUAGAAUACUGAGUACAGGUACUCACACUGUCACGAACAGUACUUUCCGGGCCCUAUGCGGACGACACCAUCCGGAAUUGUGAGGAUACAACAGGGAAAAUAGUCAUGCAGGAGAAGGGUCUGGAGACGGGGGGCGUGUCCGAGGAGUGCAGGUGUCCAGGGGGAGUGAAUC